AUGUCUCUGAUCCCAAACUUCUUCGGCCGUCGACCCAACACCUUCGACCCUUUCCCUCUCGACGUGUUCGAUUCGUUCGAGAACUGGCCAUUCCGUUCUGUCUCCAACUUCCCCUCCUCCUUUUCUGAAACGUCGUCGUUCGCGCACGCGAACAUCGACUGGAAGGAGACUCCGACGGCGCACGUGAUCAAGGCCGACUUGCCGGGGCUGAAGAAAGAGGAGGUGAAAGUGGAGGUAGAGGACGAUAGGGUUUUACAGAUCAGUGGAGAGAGAAGAAAGGAUUUGGAAGAGAAGGGAGACACGUGGCACCGCGUGGAGAGGAGUUCUGGAAAGUUCGUUAGGAAGUUCAGGCUUCCGGAGAAUGCGAAGGUGGAGCAGAUCAAGGCGGCUAUGGAGAAUGGGGUAUUGACUGUUACUGUGCCCAAAGAGGAGGUCAAGAAGCCUGACGUCAAAUCGAUUGAGAUCUCUGGUUGA